AGGUUUUAUUGGAAACUCACAUCUCUCUGUAUAAAGUUCUUAUUAUUGAGGUUCUCAAACCACAUAUAUUUUAUCUCAACAAAUCAAUACAUCAAUGGCAUCUUCAUCAUCUUCUCCUUCUGUUCCGGCCAUUCCAUCUCAAUCGUGGAAGUACCAUGUCUUUCUUAGCUUUAGAGGAGAAGAUACCCGCAAGACUUUUGUGGAUCAUCUCUACUCAGCUCUUGAAAAAUGGGGGAUCUACACUUACAAUGAUGACGAAACACUUCCUCGGGGCGAAGCUAUUGGGCCAUCCCUUAUGAAGGCUAUAGAAGAAUCUCAGAUUGCUGUUGUUAUAUUCUCUGAAAACUAUGCAGAUUCUUCAUGGUGCUUAGAUGAACUUGCAUGUAUUAUGAAAUGUAAAGAUACAAAAGGCCAAAUCGUUAUGCCCAUAUUCUAUGGUGUGGAUCCCUCUGAAGUACGAAAACAAAAACGAAAAUAUGGAGAAGCAUUUGCUAAGCACGAAUUGGAGAACAAGAAGAAAGCUAAAUCUUGGGGACAAGCAGUUGUGGAGGACCUUUGGGGAUGGCUCUCUACACCGCGUGAACAGAACCGAAAAUACCAAGAAGCCUUUGCAAAACGUGAGUUGGAGAAUAUGACCAAGAUUGAUUCUUGGAAAAAAGCACUAGUGGAUGCAAGUAACAUUUCUGGAUGGGAACCCAAGAAGAUUGCCAACGGGCAUGAAUCAAAGGCUGUCAAAGAAAUUGUUGAUGCAAUUUCACAGAGGUUGCAACUAGUAACUUCAAGUUCAAAUGAGAACCUGAUCGGAAUAGCGGCUCGCGUGCAAGGUUUGAAAUUAAAGUUGCAAAUAUUGUCAGGAGAUGUGCGCAUGAUUGGGAUAUGGGGGGUUGGGGGUGGUGGUAAGACUACACUUGCGUCUUGUGUUUUUGAUGAAAUCAUCAACAAGUUUGAUGGUUCUUGCUUCGUUAAAAAUAUCCGGGAGGAAUCAAGCAAGUAUGGUUUGGAGAAAUUGCAAGAAAAAAUCCUUUCUGGUGUUUUAAAGCAAACGCAUGUGCCAGUAAUAGGGAGAAUUGAGGAAGGAAGACGCAUAAUAGCGGAUAGGUUGUGCCAUAGAAAGGUGUUGAUUGUUCUCGAUGAUGUGGAUCAGCUUGACCAACUAAAAGCAUUAGCUGGGUCACAUGAUUGGUUUGGUAAAGGAAGCCGAAUAAUAAUCACUACUAGAGAUGUGCAUUUAUUAAAUGCACACAGAGUAGAUGUGCUGCACAAUAUUAGCUUGUUAAACGAUGAUGAGGCUAUUACGCUCUUUCGCAAGCUUUCACCGCAAGAUUACAGACCAAAGGAAGACUAUGAGCGUCUUUCAAAAGAAGUGGUUUCUUAUGCUGAUGGGCUCCGGUUAGCACUUGCAGUUCUCGGUCCUUUUCUAUGUGACAAAGAAAUUGAUGAGUGGAUGAGUGCUUUAGCUAGACUGAAAGAGAUUCCGAAUGAUGACAUUGUCGGAAAGCUAAAAAUUAGCUUUGAUGGACUUACAAAGGUUGAGAAAGACUUGUUCCUUGAUAUUGCAUGUUUUUUUAGGUCGUGGGAGAAAGAUGAUGCAAUGGAGAUACUUGAUGCUUGCGGUUUUCACCCUGUUAUAGGAGUAAAGGUUUUGAUACAAAAGGCUCUCAUAACCAUUUCGGAUGGAGUGUUUGACAUGCAUGAUCUAGUGCAAGAAAUGGGACACUACAUUGUUAGAGCGGAACACCCUAAGAAUCCUGAAAAACAUAGUAGGGUGUGGGGAAAAAAUAUUGCAAAAAUAUGUGCUAUUGAUGCAAGGACGGAACUUGACAAGAUCGAAGCAAUACAAAUUGAUCACAGUCAUUUAGUAUGUGCAGAACAUCUUCCUCCGAUUGUUGCAAACAUGAAGAACCUUCGGUAUAUUAAAUGGAGAGGUGACCCUGCAAAUCCAAUGCUUAAUAACUUUCCAUCACGGGAGCUUUGUUGUCUGACAUUGCAUGGAGGCUUGCAAAAACAAUUGUGGGAGGGUUGUAAGUUGCUGCCAAAUUUGAAGAUCAUGGAACUUCAUAGUUUGCAUAACCUAAUCAAGACACCAGAUUUUGCUGGACUUCCACAUCUUGAAAGAUUCAAGCUUUAUCAUUGUUCUUGUUUAGAAGAGAUUCAUCCAUCAAUUGGACGCUUGGAAAGGCUUGUUUUCGUAUCAAUUGAACAUUGUUACCAGCUUCAUAUGUUUUCACCCAUUACACAACUAAAGAAACUCGAGACCCUUUCAUUCUCAACGUGCCACCAACUUUUUAACCUCUCAAAGAUUCAACAGAAUAUAGAAAAUUUAACACCUCUUCAUUUGGAUAUUAGUGGGAAAGAAUGUUGUUUAGACGAGUCUUUUUUACCUUACAACAACAAGAAUCAAGUACAAAAAUGGUUUUUUCACAACAUGCAAGAACUCAGCUUAAGAAAGUUGGAUCUCAGCUGGUGCAAUUUAGGACAUGAAGACAUAGGCUCUGAUAUUUUGGAGUUGCCCAACUUGCAAGAACUAAAUCUAGAAGGAAAUGAGUUUUCAAGAUUGAGUUUUGGUCUCUUGCGGCUUCCUCGCCUCAAAUAUUUCAACGUAACAAACUGCCAAGGCCUUGUAGAAUUGUCAGAGCUUCCAUCAAGUGUAGCUGUUGUUCAGGCAGAUUUAUGUGGGUCACUGGAAAGAAUUGGAGAUAUAUCAAACUGCAAAUGGUUGUGGAAACUCUCGCUUCAUAGGUGUGACAAAGUAGAUCCGCUUGAUGGUUACAUAUUACUAGACUCCAUGCUCAAGGUUUAG